AUGUUCAAUAAAAGCGGCAGUUCUCGUCAACAGCAGCAACAACCGCCGCCGCGUGAGAUUCCGGGGGCGAAGAGGCCAAGCGAGAACAGGGGCCCGACCAUCGCCCCGCUCUGCGCCUGGGACGACUUCUUCCCGGCCCCGGACCGCUUCGCCCGGCCAGACUUCGGGGACGUGUCCCGAUGGAGGAAGCGCGCGGUGAGCAACCUGCUGUACUACCAGACCAGCUACCUCGCGGGGGCUGCCGUGCUGACUGCCGUCGUGGGCUUUCCGAGCCCCGGCACGGCCCUCGGAGGAACUGCGGCGGCGCUGGCGUGCGCGGGGCUCGCGCGGGCGGCCCGCAGGGAGGGUGGCCUCCGCCGGAUGAAGGCGCGACACCCCGCGGCGUUUGUCGCGGUGGUCGUGUUGGCCAGCUGUCUUCUCAUAGCUGUGUCUGGGGCGGCCCUGGUCUUUGUGUCGGGCAUCACUUUUCCUUUGCUGUUGACAUGUAUCCACGCAUCGUUGAGGCUCCGGAACCUCAGGAACAAGCUGGAGAAUAAAAUGGAAGGACUAGGAUUGAAGAGGACACCAAUGGGCGUUGUCCUGGAUGCCCUAGAACGGCAGAAAGGAAACAUCAGCAAACUCACUGACUGUAUUACCAAAGUGAAGGAAUAAACCUAAUUUACCUGGCGAUAGGGUUGCAGCAGAAAUUGAGUUGCAGUUUGCCCUUGUCCAGACCUACUUUCUGCUUGUAUUUUUUAAAUAGGCGCA